CGGCCAGUGAACACGACAAGCAAAGCAACCACUCUCCCCGCUCGUGACUGACGACAGCCAACGGGACUGCUCUCCCUCCGUCGUCUCCUUUGGAUGGGGCUUCAUCGUUGACGGCCGGGGAAGAAGCAGUCAUAGCUUUGGUUUCCUCAAGCUACAAGUCCAGGUCUCCAAGAAGGAGAUAACACCGUGGUACUAGAAUGGGGGAUGAAGCUGUGCUGGAGAGUAUACUUAACGGAGAAAUGGGGCCGACACAUAUGCCAUUUGCACUUUUAGAGCGCAUCACGGAGAAUUUCUCCGAGGAGAGAAAAAUUGGCCAGGGUGGAUUUGCGUUGGUCUACAAGGGAAUUUACAAUGGAGAAGACAUUGCUGUGAAAAAGUUUUAUGAUGUGCAAACACUUGACAACAAGCAUUUUGAGAAUGAAUGUGAUAAGCUUAUAAAGAUCAAACAUCCAAAUAUUGUACGGUUAGUUGGCUAUUGUUACGAAACACAACACAAAUAUGUAGAGUACAAAGGUGUUUUGCAGUUUGCUCAUCACAUAUGCCGAAUUCUCUGCUUUGAGUACCUGCAGGGAGGAAGCCUAGAAAAUCACCUUAAUGAAUCUCGUGACCAUGACUGGCCGACAUGUUACAAUAUAAUAGAGGGGACAUGUGAAGCUUUAAAUUUCCUUCACAAGGGAUAUGGAUCACGAGUUCUUCACCUGGAUCUAAAACCCGGGAACAUACUACUGGAUAAGUACAUGGGGGCAAAAGUUGCAGACUUUGGAUUGUCAACGUCCUUCAAUAAAACCCGUAUCACAAAUACAACUACAGGAACAGAGUAUUAUAUGGCACCAGAGUUCAAGUCUAAAAGGGUGAUCUCACCUAAGAAUGAUGUUUACAGUUUAGGGAUUAUAAUCAUAGAGAUAAUGGCUGGACGUAUAGGCUACAAAAUUUUCAGUGCAAUGGGUGAUGACCCACAGGAAUUAUUUAUUGAGCAGGUAAUUACAAAUUGGCGCGGACGGAUAAAUGCAACAACAUCACCAUUCCCAUCAGCAGAAUUAGAUCAAGUGGAGACAUGCAUCAAAAUAGCAAUAAAAUGUGUGGAUCUUAAUAGAAAGAAUAGACCCACUGUAGCAGAAAUUUUGGCUGCCAUGCAGAAGACAGAAAAAAGGUUUCUGGCGGAAUGGAGGAAUCACGCAGAAUUUCAUGUGGACGAGAGCUUGCCCAUUCCCACUAAGAGUGAAUCAAGAGGUGGAAGUGGAGGUGAAGUUGUUGACAUCAAAGAACAUCCUUGGCGUCUGCAUAGUCUGACGAUUAGCUACCAAGGGUUAAUCGACGCCUUCUCGUUUUCUUACAUUGACCAAUAUGGGGAGAAGCAACAUGUAGGUCCUUGGGGCGAACAACACAGUUACCACAAAACUGAAACGAUCCGCUUCAGCCCUUCGGAGUUUGUAGAGGAAGUAUCUGGAGCUUACGGGAGUCAUUUUGAAAACCUGCUUGUGACGUCCCUUACAUUUGUCACGAACGUCAGAACCUACGGACCUUUCGGAAAUCCUAAUCAUCAAAAUGUGGCAGCAGCUCCUCUCAAGUUCAUGGCUGACGAGGGCAGCAGCAUCGUGGCGUUCCAUGGUAGAUCUGGUAGCCAUCUCUUUUCGAUAGGUGUUUACAUGUAUCCCAACAAUAAGAGGAAGGGCAGAACUCUUUUGGCACCGGUGAUUCCUGACGGCGAGAGCUUGCCCAAUCCCAGGAGUGCACAAGACCUUCCCACUCGAGGUGGACCUGGAGGUAUCAGAGGGAAGCCUUGGCAUCAGAGACUGACGAUUCGCUUUGCUGUGCGGGCGUCUAUUUGCUUUGUUCUGCUGUUGCUUGUGUCUAUUUGGUGUAUGUACAGAGGAAACCCUUGGCAUCAUGGUCUCCAAGUUCCGGAGAAGCUUUCCAAUGACAGUUCAGGAAGGGAGCCACUGGACGUGGUGAUUGUGUAUGCCUUUGAUUCCACUAACUCGACCUCAGCCUGGUACACGGUGGAUAGGGGGAUCUUUUGGAUGGUGCAAGAGAAGCUCACCCACUUCGCUGGCAGCUGCAUGGGUUACAUAUACGUCAUGUCAACCCCUAACACGUACACAUGGGACAUGAAAGUAGUUGACCCAGCUGAUGCAAAAGCUGGGUACACGAAAUUCGACCGGCACAGGACGACCUGCACAAAAAGCAUGGCAUCAGGCCUCGCCAAGGCACAUAAAAUGAUCAGCAGCUGCGGGCACCACAAUAGCAUCAUCUUGUUCUUCUCCGAUGGAUUAAUAAACAAGGGAGACUUUUUUGAUGGAGCCGAGAACUUCACUUCUGAAGUGCCCGUCCAUGCAUUUACCCUCGCCGGGGACGCAUAUAACAAUGUUCUCCACUCCAUUGCAGAAAAUUCUCCGGGUGGGAAGUUUCAUACCACCCCUGUUCCAGAAAGGCCAAAACUAUCAGCACCCUUCUCGAAGCUACUGGAUAUCCUCCUUGGUGGCAUCCCAAAGAAUGAUGAGAAGCCUCCUAGUCCUAUUUCAGGAAGGGAGCCACUGGACGUGGUAAUUGUAUAUGCCUUUGACAGCACUAACUCGCCCCCUGCCUGGUAUACGGUGGAUGGUGGGAUCUUUUGGUUGGUGCAAGAGAAGCUCACCCACUUCGCUAACAGCUGCAUGGGUUACAUCUACGUCAUGUCCACCCCAAACACGUACACGUCGGACAUGAAAGUAGUUGACCCAGCUGAGACAAAGGACACUGGCUACACAAAAUUUGACUGGCGUAGGUUGACUUGCGCUAAAAACAUGGGAUCAGGCCUUGCCGAGGCUCAUAAAAUGAUCAGCAACCGCGGUUAUCGCAACGGCAUCAUCUUGUUCUUCUCCGAUGGAUUGAUAAACGAGGGCGACUUCUUUGAUGGAACCGAGAACUUCACCUCCAAAGUUCCUGUUCACACAUUUACUCUCGGCGGGGACGCAUAUAACCACGGUCUCCAAGCCAUUGCGGCAAAUUCUCCAGGUGGGACGUUCAACCCCAUUCCAGUUCCAGAGAAACCACAUCUAUCGACGCCCUUCUCAAACCUACUAGAUAGCCUCCUCAACAACACCAUGAAGGACUGAAAUUAUCAAUAGUAUGGGAAAUUUUCUGAAGUUACCGAUAUGCGCCCAUGCACUGCAUUUCCAACGCCUUUAUUCAUUUCCUAUGUUGAACUGCCUUAUCUAGUAACCGAGUGCAACUACCCUAUGUGUGCAUAAAUUGCUUCGAUUCACUUGUAUAUUUCGUUUUUCUUGUAACCCGACUAAGAUUCAACUCAAUGUUAACGGUCGUAUCA